AUGCCUUCCGGGGGCACCCGAGGGCAGUUGGGUAUUACUCAGGGACACAGUAACUCUGUUACUGACAGAGAGAUCCUGUUACAGUCUGGACAGAAGCUGUCGUUCGACUACUUGGCCAUUGCUACUGGUUUACAGCAGCCCUUGCCAGCGAAGAUGUCAUCGCCCCAUAAAGAUGAGGCUUGUGCGGACCUAAGGAGCUUAAGGAUGAAGAUUCAACAAGCAAUUCCAUGUGUUGGCGCAACGCCGAAUACGAAAUUCCUCUCCUCUUUCAUACCAUCAAACUUCUCGAAGACAACAGGGCGCAUACUCGUCCGACAAACUCUGCAGCUCGCCGGUGACGCUCACCUGGACACUUUUGCUCUCGGCGAUGUCGCUGAGACUGAAGGGCCAAAGAUGGGGAGAACCGCAAUGGCACAGGCUGAGCUUGUGUGUGAGAAUAUUUUGGCAUUGAUCAAAGGGACCAAGCUGCGUCCGUACAAACCUAAGGCGAUUGACGGCAUGUUGAAGUUAACCUUAGGCCCGGAGCAUAGUGUUAUAUAUGUCAAAGAUGGAAAGGGCGCAGACAUCAUGGUGCCAAUCAAGAGUUCGAAUCUGGAUUUAGAAGUAGCGCAGGCAUGGUGGUAUCUGAAUGGGGACAUGAAAGCCGAAAUUGUCAAUUAA